GAUCGAUUAUGCUAUCGACAAUGGACACAUAAUAGAAUUUAAUUAUGAUUCGCUUAAAAAAGUUGAGCCUUUUUUGGUAACAACAUUAAGUGGUAUCAAAAAGGCUUAUCAAAUUGAAUUCAACAGGAACGUUGCUCUUAAAUAUUUAAAUGAUGAUAGCCAUAAAAGUGAAGAAAAACGCUAUAGAAGUUUUAUCAGAGAGGUAUUCUUCAUUACUAUUUCUUUCCUUUAA